CUGAAGAUGGUGUAGCCAUUGAAGCUCCAGGAAACCUCACCUUAGACACGGACUUCCUUCUGGGACAAGACCUUGAGUUUGGUGAUCCUGAUCAUGACGGCAAGAUUCUAGGCCUGGAAAAGUUCUCAGGUUUGUAAUCCACUUUUUAUACUAAUUACGUUUCUGAAGUUGUAAUCAAGAUUUCAGUCAGGGUUUUGGUGAGAAGUCACUUUGUUGGAAAUACAACAGAAGAGCAAGAUUCAAAAACAGUUGCAACUGUGGUCUGACUUUCAUGAUGUGCACAGCCCUUGUACAGCCGGUCAACUGCAGCUCUUUAUCUAACAGCCCAGUGUAGGUGGAUUUCUCACUGCAAUAUUUAAAACUUGUAUGUUGACAAGAAAUGACAAAAAUAAUCAUUGUCUUUUCUUGUACAUGCAUUUUUAAUGAUCGACUGUGAUCAGUUCUAACUUCAUGAUAAAAUACAUUGCAUUUUCUGUGAUAGCUUCACAAGAAAAUGCACCACCUGUUUAGCCAUUGAAUGCUUUUAUGGUUGGUUUGCAUUAGCAGUAGCAAAGUUAGCCUGUAUGUGUCUGCUGGGGUUUGAAAGUUUGGUUCAGCUUAAUUCUAUCGCCCCUCCCUCGCUAUGACUGUCCUUGCUUCCUCACUCUUCAUUUUUUAAGUAUGUCAGUCAAGCGGGUCCUGGCAGAAUUUUAGGGCGGAUUUGCCCUGUGAUUCAGCUCUGAUGCAGAGUUGAGACGCAGAGAGUGAGCAGUAAACGGUAAGAUCGUUUCGCUAAAAUCUAGUACCAUAAUGCUGCAUUACAUGCUUCCCUGGUCUGUAGGUAGGCAACUUCAAUCCGGUGCAGAAAUGGCAGACCCCGCCACAAACAAUGAAAACUGCUAUAUAGAGACAUAAUUGCAGAUUGUAAAUACAUUAAAUGGCUAUUGCAGAGAAUAAUUAGUGCCAAGAAUGGGGUUUAAUUUAAUUAGAGUGUUUAAGGAUUGUAGCUUUAAAAGGCGGAGUGUGCUGAUGAUGUCUGCUGUCAACUUGUCUGUCUGUCUUUAUACUGCAGCCAUCCAUUGUGGUAGGUAGGGCAAGUCUAUGAAACCGAGUCUAUUCUGUUUUAAUGCCUUACUGUUUUCACAUGUUGUAUGUUCACCUUCCUGCCUGUUUGCCCUGUAUUAGCGUAUUUCAUAUUUAAUGUGUCUGUUGAUUGUACAACACAGGGAAUGGAACGAACCUGGUCAUUGUAGAAUAUUUCAAUUUAUGCCACAGUUUGAACUACAUUAGUGAAAGGAGGAUAGUAUUUUGUCUGGAAAAAAACAUGGAAUGAAUCUGUGAUGUAAAUUCACAGUUUUACCUCUAAAGGAAAUGUCGCGGUGGCUGCACCACCAAGAGCACUCGUAGGUUUUUACUGUUUGCUUCUCUGCGAUGAAGUGUUGCCCCUCUGUGCAACAGUAAGAGAAAUGGAAGUAUCAUCUUAUAUUUCGCAGCAUGGCUCUUUGUCAGAGAGAGUGAUCUGAAAAAUGGAAAAGUAGAAAAGAGAGCUGAGACACCAUUAUUAUAUAAUGGCUGUAAAAAUAGGUCCAUUACCAUCAAGGACACCAUUAUAAGAGGGCAUUUAUUUAUCAUCAUCAUCAUCAUCAUCAUCAUCAUCAUCUGCCUCUGCUCCCACUGCCCCACUACCAUUAUCGUUCCCCCCUCAUCAUCAUCAUCAUCAUCAUCAUCAUCAUCAUCAUCUACCCUCAUCAUCAUUAUCAUCAUCAUCAGCAGCAGCAGCAGCAGCAGCUUCACCAUUACAGUCAUCAUCAUUAUCAUUAGGCUCGGUAAUCAUCCACGAGGGGGUUCCAUGGGGCAGGAUAAAAGGGCAGUCUUCACUCUCACCCUCCUUACAUCCUGCCUCGGCAUCUGUGGAGGGAGGUGAUUUUCUUCUGGCUUUCAAAAGCACACGUUGAAGCCCAAUAGUGCUGUGGAGUCUCGAGGCUUGUCUUUCUAUCUUCUGGGAAAACGAUCUGUCUUUUUAUUGGCAUGAAUCCUCAGAUGGCAUACCAACAACUAAAAUGUCGUUGACCUUGCUGGUAGCAUUAAGUAGCUGCUGAGAUUGGUUUUUCUGUGUAUCCUCUGGGUGAUGAGGAGAGCCCUGCCUACAGCCAGCUCAGCAUGGAAAGUGAAACAGGCAACUCACACGGCACUACUAACAAUGGUAGGGAAGACGAGGGCAGAGCGGCCCAGUCCGAGCCUAGCUUUCCUCCCUACCUGUCCUGUAGGGGCUGCGGACAGCUUCGUGAUGAACCUCUGGGACCUGGCAUAGACCUAGUUGGUCCUUACUGCCUUAGGUGCUGCAAAGCCUCCAGGGAAGCCAAAAAUACGGACUUCUGCUCACCUUUCGGAAGCAUCAGCGGAAUUCGCUCAGGUUCCCAUAUGCAUCUUGACGGUGAAGGGUUGGGCAAUGGGAUGGGUGACAAAGCACUGACAGCCGAGGACAGACUGCCCAAACUGCACUCGUGUCACCUCUGUGGCUUUUCCUCGCGUUACGCCAACCACGUGAAGCGUCACAUGAAGACGCACAACGGGGAGAAGCCCUUCAACUGCCCCCUGUGCACUUACGCCUCAGCCCAGCUGGUGAACCUGCAGAGACACCUGCGCAUUCACACAGGGGAAAAACCUUACAAAUGUGAUAGUUGCACUUUUGCCUGCAGUUCCCUUGGCAACCUCAAAAGGCACCAGCGCAUGCAUGUGCCCUCUGCAGGAGUGGGGCAGGACGCCACUUCACGACCUGCCAAUGGCCAAAUCAGCUUGAAGAGGCAUGUGUCUGCACAAAGACCCAGUGAGGAAAUAUCCAGUGCUUCAACCAAGGUUUCAGAAGUCACAAGGUCGACUUCAAACCUGACUUUGGGAGCCCAGAACAAUGACUACCUAUCAGCCUUUGACGGUUUAAAGGGGGCGUCACCCCCACCUGUGCCAGUCUCUAACCCAGCUCCUGGCCACCAGGCUCCCCCCUUGCUGGAGACCACAGGAGGCGGUGGCACCAGAGCAACCAGAGGCAGCGUAGCAGACGGUGCUGCCCUCCCACCUUCACUUUUCCCUUUCACUUGCCGUUUGUGUGGCAUUGUCCUGGAGGAUGAGGAUGGCUCCUCAGCCCAGAUUUGUGCCAAGUGUACCCUUGAGAUGCUGACCAAGGACUCCUCAUCAUCUCCCAACAGCCCUGGUGAACGCAGUGAAAAGGUGUACACCUGCGCCGCCUGCCCCUUCCUCACACACUACCCAAACCACUUGGCACGCCACAUGAAAACUCACAGCGGCGAGAAGCCGUACAAGUGCCCACAGUGCGACUAUGCCUCAGCGCACUUUGACAAUCUCAAGCGCCACCACAGAGUGCACACGGGCGAGAAACCUUACAAGUGCCAUUUGUGCGAUUACGCCUGUGGCAACCUGGCCAACCUGAAGCGCCACCAGCGGGUGCACUCGGGCGCCAAGCCGUUCCAGUGCGCCGUGUGCAGUUACAGCUGCAACCAAAGCAUGAACCUGAAACGGCACAUGCUUCGGCACACAGGAGAGAAGCCGUACAAAUGUCAGGAGUGCGGCUACACCACCGGCCACUGGGACAAUUACAAGAGGCAUCAGAAGAAACACGGCCUGGCUACAGACGGCUGGGUCAAAGUUCCCAUGACUGGCAACGAUGAAGAAGAGGAAGUGAGGAAAGGGCUGGGAGUCGGUGGUCAGACUCACAGAAAGGAAACAGGUGUCGAUAUGCAGUAUAUGUCGAGGGAGGGAGGUCAGACAAUACACUCAUGCUACAAACUUGAGAUUGUAUAAAACAUAACUCAGCAAAACUAAGCUACCAGCAACUUGUUUUUGUUUUUCACAGAGCCUUUAUAUUGUUUUAAUGUGUAUCUGUCUUUCAGUGUUUUGUCAGAUGUCUUCAGAGGCUGCUAAUUGUUUAUUUGUAGAAUCUCGCACAAUUAUGAAACUCAACUGUUCCGAAUGUUUUGAUCCUCCUUUUUGUUUUGAUUAAGUAAGGUGGAUGAGUCUGUUCAAAGUUUGUCUUUGUCUACUCUGUUUUUGUGUCCAGACGAAUGGACUUUCUCUGACUCGUUGUGUAUGUCAAACCACACUUGGCUAAUUCUAACAUUUCCCUCUCAUAUUACGUCUCAUAUCUAGUUCAUCUCUAACGGACAGAGAACACUACCAAAUAUCCUUCAGUACAUAGAACUUGUGCACAUUUUUGCCUGAACUGUUUAGCUGCACUGUGUAGUCUGUAUACAGUUAUUUAAAUAAGGGAUAAUUGUUAUAUUUAGCAAAAUAGCUGGCAUUACAAGUUUUGGUCAAACCUUUUCUUUUUGUAACAAAAACCUAAUGAAAUAACGUGAAUGUUGCAGAUUUUUUUUUCUUGUCCUCCUACUACAUUUGCCUGACUUGCCUUCACGAGGAAUAACUUUUGAAACGUGCUAAGCUUAUACUUGGCCUACACAGUGCAGCUUUAAGUAAAAAUGGCUCCUUCAAAGGGCCGAUAUUGUGCUUUGUUUGCAUUUGGGCACAAGCUCUAAUGACGGCAUGCCUUCAGUUUAAUUUACUAAUGUAUCAACUACAAGUAAAGUGCUGUUUGGUAGCACUGAAAUUGUUUUAUCCUUGAUGACCUAAAAUGAUUAAUUAGGUUUGUGUUAACCUAACUAAAUAAUCUCCAGUGUCUUGAACUCAAUUGUGAUUUUUUUUGCUGAACCCCUCAGGAUUAUAAAAUGUUAUCCGAAAGACCUACAUGUUGGCAACGACUUUAUUUCUAGUUACUUUAACGCUAAAAUUGCAUGCACAAGCAUUUUGUAAGAUCCUGAUCUGCCUUGACUCAGUUGUAUGAUCAAAGAAGAAGCACAAUUACUGACACAUUUGGAAGGUUUAAACGAGCAUGUUGUUCAAAGGAUUUUUUCCCCCCCAAACUUUUACUUGCUACAUAUCAUGAAUGGUAAAAUUACUAGAACUUAAAUUUGUCUUGUCUUGUUUUGGAUCUUUUUUUUUUUUUGAUUGUGACUGAUUAACCCCCCUUUUUUUGAUGACUGUUUACUGUUGACUGUGAAAUUAGCCCAUUCUUGUGUCUUUUUACUUGAAAAAAAGAUGACAUUAUUAGUAAGCAUGUGAGUGUAAUAGGUUUUAUUUUUCUAAUGUGGCUGUAACACACUACUAGAAAUAUAUACUUUAAUAUAUAGAGAUUGUUUUUUUUUUUAUUUUGAAUGUUUGAUGUGUCAUUUCGUUACCACGGGAAGAAUAGGGACUGUGAUUUAAGUUUACUCUCUUUAAGAAUUACUACAAUAUGCAAGUGAGACAUUUUUCAGGUUGCCGACUUGCCAUGUCACAAUGGAGCAUUGAACCCAUUGAUUAGUACUGACAUCCCUUAAAGUGUCCAUUUUUGUCUUUAUGCAGUGUCUCAUAAAUGCCUUAAGUGAGGAUUUUGAAAUAAACGUGGAAUUCAUUUCAUUGAAUGUCAGACAACA